GUAUUUAAACAGGUUCCAACGGCACUAGUGGUACAGUGAGCUGCCCACAAUGGUGUAUCACGGACUCGUUCUGCUAGCUUUUGGCACAUUCCUGGUUGCUGGUAGCAACCAGUUUCGAUCUGAUUACAAAUUUCACUCAGCUGCUAAUGGAUGGUUCAAGCUCCACAAAACACCCGCCAGGUGGCACGACGCACGACUUCGAUGCUCCUUAGAAGGCGCAUUUCUAGCGUCACCUAUUAACGUGGACGUGAGCGAUGUGAUUCAUAGCAUUAUCAGUGGACACAAACACGUACAUUCUUCUGGGGUGUACACCGGCGUUCACAAUACAAUAACACCUACCGAGUUUAUUAGCGUUGAAGGAGUGUCUCUGAGUUUAAUGCCGGUUAAAAAGUAUGAACAUAAAUUCCCCGAGGGCUACAGCGGUACGCCGAGCUGCAUGCGUUUGCUGCCUCAACUAGGGCUAGUCGCAGGUAGCUGUAACGACGCACUGCCCUAUAUCUGCUAUAAGCCUAAAACCGAGGAGCUCGUCAUCACCGAGUGCGGCACCAUCGACACAGGUUAUCGUCUCGACAAUCGAACCGGACACUGCUAUAAGUUCCACGUGAACACGCUGCCGUGGGCCUUCGCCUACCUGGCAUGCAUCGCAGAGGGCGGAUACCUCGCCAUCGUCAACAGCGCCGCGGAGGCUAAUCUCAUCGCGGAACUACUUAUCCAAAACCCGGACACUUCUAUCGUUGGAGGACAAAAGCAAGGAGCGGCUCUCGGCUUCCGUGACUGGCAUGAAAAUGGUGUUUGGAGAACGAUCCAUGGGCAAAGCCUGGAAGAGGCCGGGUUCGCGGACUGGGCUAACGACCGCCCGGAUAACUUCAUAGUGAAUGGCGAAGGUCAGCACUGCGGCACCAUGUGGCGCACGGGCCUGCGCCAAUUCGACGAUGUUCAAUGCAGUGCCCAACUGCCUUUCGUAUGCGAGAAGGACCCAGCAAGUCUGCGUCCGGUACCGCACGCUUGUCCAGAAUAUUGGUACAGUGAGCUGCCCACAAUGGAGAUUCACGGACUAGUUCUUUUAGCUUUUUGCACUUUCCUGGUUGCAGGCGGCAAUGAUUUCCGCUCGGACUACACAUAUUAUUCCUGUGCUAAUGGAUGGUUCAAGUUUCACAAAGUACCCGCAAAAUGGCAGGAAGCGCGUCUCCGUUGCAGUUUGGAAGGUGCAGUUUUAGCGUCUCCUAUUAACAGCGACGUGAGCGACGUGAUGAAGAGGAUUAUCAGCGAACAAAAAUGCGCCUCUCCCUCCGGGGUAUACACUGGUGUUCACAACACAGUAACAAACACCGAGUAUUCAAGUGUGGAAGGCGUGUCUUUGUGUUCGAUGCCGGAUGGAAAGUGUGAACAUAUGUUCCCUGGAGGCUACAGUGGUACGCCGAGCUGCAUGCGCCUAUUACCACAAGAGGGAUUGGUAGCAGGCACCUGCAGCGACGCGCUGCCCUACAUCUGCUACAAGAAGAAGACCACGGAUCUCGUGGUCACUGAGUGUGGUACGGUAGACACAGGUUAUCGGCUCGACAAUCGAACCGGACACUGCUACAAGUUCCACGUGAACACGCUGCCGUGGGCGGUUGCCUACCUGACGUGCGUCGCAGAGGGCGGGUACCUCGCCAUCGUCAACAGCGCUGCAGAGGCUGACAUCAUCGCGGAACUACUUAACAAACACCCACCGUCCGCUAUCGUUGGAGGACAGAAGCAAGGAGCGGCUCUUGGUUUCCACGAUUGGCAUGAGAAUGGUGUUUGGAGAACGAUUCACGGACAAACCCUUCAAGAGGCCGGGUACGCAGGCUGGGCUCCAAACCGCCCUGAUAACUUCGUAGUGGAUGGCGAAGGUCAGCACUGCGGCAGCAUGUGGCGCACGGGCCUGCGUCAUUUCGAUGACGUACAAUGCAGUGCCCAGUUGCCUUUCGUCUGCGAGAAGGACCCAGCAAGUCUUCGCCCGGUAGCGCAAACUUGUAAUGCACAAAAUAGUGGUUCGCAGUGUGGAUUUUGAAGAUCCGAUACUAUAUGCUUGUACAUUGAUG